AUUCAAUAAAUUUCAACCAUUUAUUUGUUCACAUAAUCCUAAAGCACAACAAUUAUGUAAUAAAUCAGUACAUGUAAGUAGUAUCAAGUGGGUUUAAUUGCAGUUUUGGCGUACUUCAUUUUAUUGCAAUUAUUAUAUGUCGUUAAAAUAUAACAUUAAUAAAGCGCAGAACAGAGCAUUCAUCACGAUAUCCAAAACGCUAGAGGAUUAUACUGAACAAACACAAAUUUUAGAAAAAAGGUACAUAAAAAAGCUCGAUUGACUAGUAUAUGUCGCAGUGUUUGUCGUCCAGAUCACAGUGACACCGUCUGUUGCGCCAUGCAAGCCACGCGUUCGGCUAUCAUAAGCAUUUUCAUUAUACUAUGUUUGUUUUUUUUAGCCCUUAUUACUCUAUAUUUGAACUUUGGUACUAAAGUAUGUCACGAAGGGACAUUUUUAUGUUCAAAAUCAGAAAUUUGUAUUCCGAAUUUAUACAAAUGUAAUAAGUAUAAAGAUUGUCUUCAUGGAGAAGAUGAAGAUCCUGUUCAAUGUGCUGACCUUCAUGGAUUAUCAUUAUACAACGACUUUAUUAUAACAAAUAGAACUACCCUCAAAUCAAUUCAAAGUAACAUUACUUAUGUCAACAACAUAAAUCUUAACAAAACAUUAAAUAAUGAAACUGAAGAAAAGCUUAAUGCAACUAUAGUUGCAUUGCAUAAUAACUUUACUUAUUUUUAUAAAAGUACAGCAAAACCAUGUGCUUUGAAAAACUAUCCACCAGUAUGUCAAUGCUCAGGACCAAAUGGUACAUAUUUACGUUGCAAUAAUGUUGGAUUAAAAAAAGUUCCUGAAUAUGUUUCUGGAAAUGUAGAGAGAAUGACAUUUGUUAAUAAUAGUAUUUUAUUAACAAAUUAUUCAUUUGAUGUUUAUCCAAACUUAAAAGUCAUAAGUUUAGAAUACAAUGUUCUGUCAAGAAUACCGCCGUUUGUAUUCAGUCAUCAAAGCAAAUUAAUAAGACUAUUAUUGUUAUAUAAUGAAUUGAAAGUGUUAGAGAAACAUGCAUUCUUUGGUAUAAAAAAUAUUGAUAUUAACACAGCAAAUAAUAAAAUUUAUAUUUCCAGAGAUUUGUCUUUCAAUAAAUUGAGUUUAACGAAUGUCUGUUUUCCACAUUGGCCUCUCUUAAGAGUCCUAAAUUUGCACAACAAUUGUAUUGAAAAAGUAGACAAGUGUUUAUUUACCCAGUUACCAUCAUUAGCAGACUUGGAUUUGUCAUACAAUAAAAUUUCUUUUAUUGAUGAAAAUGCAUUUAUCAACUUAGUCAAAUUAGUGGAUUUAAAUUUGACUGAAAAUCAUCUAUUAACACUAACACCUUUAAUGUUUCAAUCAUUGACAGAUAUUCAUAAACUCUCAUUGGCAAAUAAUCCGGUAAAAUAUUUACAUGCAGAUUUAUUUAAAUCAAUGAAAAGCUUAAAAUCAUUGUCUCUUGAUGGUAUAGAAUUAGAAAAUAUCAACACGACAGUAUUUGACAAAUUAAAGAAUCUAGAAAUUCUAUACUUAAAAGAGUUCCAUUAUUGUGCUUUGUAUGCUAGGAAUGUACCAUUAUGUUAUCCCAAUACGGACGAUUUAUCUUCAAGCUAUAAUCUUCUUUCGAAACCAAUUCUUCGAAGUACGUUGUGGACAGUGACAUUUUUUACGUUUAUUAUGAAUGCUAUGGUCUUAUACGGUCGUAUGUUUGGUAGUUUAAGAGAUGAAAAUCAUGCUAUAAGUUUUGUUAUUCGUAACUUGGCAGUUGCAGAUAUGUUGAUGGCAUUAUAUUUGACUGUUAUUGGUUAUCAAGACUCAAAAUACCGUGAUGAGUUUUACGCUUACGCUCAAGAAUGGAAGUCGUCCAAUUUAUGUACAGUAAUAGGUUUAAUUGCUGUUGUAUCUUCUGAAGUAUCAUUGUUGAUAUUGGUUUUUCUUAGUCUUGAGAGAUUUUUACUCAUUGCUGUGCCUUUUUCCGGCUAUCACGUAUUGAAAUUGAAAACUGCAACUUAUUGUAUGGCUGCUAUCUGGUUGGUCGCAAUUUGUAUUUCUACUGCACCACUACUGUUACUAAAGCAUGCAACAAAAUUUUAUGGCUCCAACGGCAUGUGUUACCCUUUAUAUAUUGAAGAUCCAUUUCUAAGUGGAUGGCAAUAUUCAGCUUUUAUAUUUUUAGGAUUACAUUCAACCAGUUUAUUGUUGCUGUCAGCCCUAUACAUGCUUAUGUUUAUUAGCGUAUGGAAAACAAGACAAGCAGCUCGUAUAUCUGUGGGCGAUUUCGAAUUCGCUGUUCGUUUUUUUUUCAUAGUUUUAGCAAAUUCUUUUUGUUGGCUUCCAAUUAUUGUACUAAAAUUCGCAGCAAUGCAAAAAUUUCAUAUUUCAAGUGAACUUUACGGAUGGGUUGUCGUCUUUAUUGUACCAAUUAAUGCUCUUGUAAAUCCAUUAUUGUACACGUUUACCACUCCUAAAUAUAGAAACGUUUUAACCUCAAAAAACGUUUUCAAGAGACCAAACCGAGAUUCAAGUAGCGGAUUAGAAAUGUCUCAAACGUCACAUCAAACAUCAGUUAGUGCCAAAGUACUCAAGAAAAGUACUAAGAAACCCAUCUUGGAAAAUAGUAUAGAUAUCACUAAUGAAUAUAAAAAAAAUUCACAAAAAAAUAAUUUAGAGAUAUUGAAUGGCCAACACUAAAAGAAUGCUAACAUUAUAUUCAACUACAUAGUAGUUAACAUAAAUAAUUAAAAUUUUUUAAUUUACCGGCAUAUAACUAAUAUUAAAAAACAUAUGUUAACCUUAAUAUAAAAAAAUUAAUGUAUGAUAUAACAUUGAUAUACCUGCAGCAAAGUUUUUCUUUUCUUCAGCAAUUUUGGCAUCUCUUUCUGCUUUUAACCUAUAACGUUCAUCUCUGGAUUUGUCUUCUUUCCUUUGCAAAAAACUAUGUCUAGUCAUUCC